AACACUGGAUAUUUUCCUCUAGGAAGAGCGUGCGAACCAACAACAAAAUAUAUUUAUUUACAAAAUUCGUAAACAUAAACAUUUUCCAGAGUUAUUAUACACUCUGAACCGCGUUGGCUAUUUUUUAAAUUGCAGUGCAAGUGUUAGAAGUAACGAAAAAACAAUGAGUAUGAGCGACGACGACAGGGAUAUUGAUAUCGAGAGUGACGAUGAUGGGGACUCGGACAACGGCCUAGGCUCCUCUCGACACACAAGCACUGCAAAUUUCACCCAGGCCGAAAAGCGAGCUCAUCAUAAUGCGUUGGAACGAAGGCGGAGAGAUCACAUUAAGGAGAGCUUCACCAACCUCAGGGAGGCGGUACCAACGCUGAAGGGCGAAAAGGCUAGUCGCGCACAGAUCCUGAAGAAGACCACUGAAUGCAUACAAACCAUGAGGCGGAAGAUCAGCGAGAACCAAAAAGACAUCGAAGAGAUCAAAAAACAAAAUAUCAUACUGGAUCAACAAAUUCGAGCAUUAGAAUGUUCAAACGGCGAUGAUCCCUAUGCAGAAUUCCUCAGUGAGGAUGAGGUCGAAAGCGACGAUGACGAUGAUGAUUUAGAUCAGCCCGACUUUAGUAGGCGGAACAAAAAAAUGAAAACCUUCCACGCAUAGCUGCUGCCACAGACUAAAACGCAGCCUCUGCCUGGCAGUUGCAGUUUUCAUUUUCACUCAUUUUACUCGAAUCGAAUUCGCACAAAUGUGAAUAUUUCAUGGUGAUAUAAAAUCCACUUUUUAAAGAAUCCCAAUCUCCCUGUCUAACAAAGGCUUACCCUGAAAAAUGGUAUUCCAAAUUGAGUCAAUGCAUAUGAGCGAUUAGAAUCAGUGAAAGCGAAAACUGUAUCAUGUCUGAUAAUCAUAAUCAUCACUAGUUUAAGUGCAAUGUUUACCCACCCUUUACACCUUAAUUAUAUACGUGUCUUUUGUAAUUUAAGCCCAAAAUUAUUCUCUCUUUACGGAAAAAAUAAAAAUUUGUAAGAAUAUAUUUUAAUAAAU